UUGCAUGUUAAUUAGCGCAUACGUUAGUGUGUGAGAGAGUCAGUAGGAGAGCGAUGUGUUGUGAGGACGAGUCGGUUCUACAGCAGAGGGCUCUGCUGAUACCAGCCUAGAGCCAGUCACUGGGCUGCGGCAGAGCUGGGGCGUAGUAACAUCCCUCAAUAUAUCUCCUGAUUUAUUUUUUUUGCAACUUCCAUGUUCUUGUCAAAACAAAGCAUUACGUGGUUUUACACUCAGAGCUUAGCACGAGUGCAGCGAGGCAGGCUUGAUAGCGCCCGGGGAGACGGAGCCUCUCUGCUGCUGGCGGGAGGAAACUUCUAUGUUGCUGGCAGGCUGACAGGAGCAGCGAGAGCGGCUAGUGUUCUCCCGAGGCUGUCAUUAUCUGUUGGCUGGGAACACUCAUUUGGAAGUGUGGUAACAGUCUAACCCUGCAUUAUAGGACUGAUGGGCGUCCAGAGAACAGCACCCCCGUAUGGAUGAUGAGGAGGACGAUGUGUUUGAGCCAGACUCGCUUUCCUGGCGCACCAUUUUCAGGGAGGUAAAGUACGAACACCGGGGUACCCAGACACCUGGCCCCGCCCUGGAGAGUCCCAGCGGGAUGCUGCCCUGCUCAGACCAGCCAAGACCUCUGUUCUACGGCAACGCAGGGUUUCGUCUGCACUUCCCAGCGCACUCCGAGCGUGUGGUCGCCCCGGCGGCCGGGCGGGGGGAGGAGGGGCCUGGAGACAUGGAGCUGCAGCAGGACAGCAUGGAGGCUCGCGUCGGACACAAGCUCCAGCUGAUCGGAGACCAGUUCCACCAGGAGCACCUACACAUGUACCACAGAAACCAAAGGAACCAGGGAGCUGUGUGGUGGCGCAUGGCCUCAGCUCUCCUGUCCCUGCUGCUGGAGAGAGACCCCAGGGGACGGAGGUGAGAGGACUACAACCCCCAUCUCUCCACUCAGAGGACUACAACCCCCAUCUCUCCACUCAGAGGACUACAACCCCCAUCUCUCCACUCAGAGGACUACAACCCCCAUCUCUCCACUCAGAGGACUACAACCCCCAUCUCUCCACUCAGAUGAGGACUAAAUCCCCCAUCUCUCCACUCAGAGGACUACAUCCCCCAUCUCUCCACUCAGAUGAGGACUACAUCCCCCAUCUCUCCACUCAGAGGACUACAGCCCCCAUCUCUCCACUCAGAGGACUACAGCCCCCAUCUCCCCACUCAGAGGACUACAGCCCCCAUCUCUCCACUCAGAGGACUACAGCCCCCAUCUCUCCAGUCAGAUUGGGACUACAGCCCCCAUAUCUCCACUCAUAUUAGGACUACAGCCCCCCAUCUCUCCAGUCAGAUUAGGACUACAGCCCCCCAUCUCUCCACUCAUUAGGACUACAGCCCCCCAUUUCUCCAGUCAGAUUAGGACUACAGCCCCAAUCUCUCCACUCAUAGUAGGACUACAGCCCCCCAUCUCGCCAGUCAGAUUAGGACUACAGCCCCCAUCUCUCCUCCCCAGACUGGACUCCAGAUGGCCGUGCCUCAUCGCCCAGGGUCUGAGGAGACUGAAGCUCAGUAUCCGCUGGCGGAGACAGCAGCCCUUUUACAAACAAUGUUGUUUUGUCAUUUUUACAUAAUUUUUUUCUCCCGAGAAGUUGCCAUGUUGUAUCACGAGAUUCUUCAGGACAAUGUUGAUGUUUUGGUAAAUGUGUGAUUUACAAUUUUGUACAGUAGGUUGUUCUUGUUGAAUCUUAUUGUUUGCACUUCCGUUUAUACACCUGUGUAUACGUCUGGAACUCCUCCGCUGGCCUGGGAAUGCCUUAUCAAUAUCUAUCUAUAUCUCCCGCCACAAAGCGUCUGCCUGCUGGAGAGCAGUCAGACAGCGAGCGAUGCCAAGGGGAGGGGCUCAGGGGAGGGGACUCCUCGUGGGUUACGGGUCAACAUGACGACCUACUAACUCCCAAAGAGGUCGUUUUUUUCUGAACAAAGCAGUUUGCACCUCAACUUGUUCUGCUCCUCGGAGUUUCAAAAAAGUUUUUACUUUUUAUGCCCUCUAAGUCUUUGCUCCUCCAGUCACUUGGAUAUCUUUCAUUCUGAAUGCUUCUCGGGCAGUUAAAAAGAUGAUUAUGACAUCUGUGCACCUAUGUGCAAUGUGUUGUUAGGCAUUUCAAGCUGCUGAGAGACACAUCUGCCUGGAGACCCCAGGGUGCAGAGGCGCUGUUUCUCCUCAGUCAGUUCUGAGAUGCCCUUGAAGUGGAGCUGUAGAGCCACUGUGUUUGUACUAGGACUGGUGCUCAGAGCAGACAACCACCAAGACAACCUCGUCAACCAAUGAAGGUUUGAACUGUGUCCGUUUUCUCAUGGCGUGAUUGUACACAAUGUGUUUUCUCCUACUCUGAAGACCUGAGUGACUGAAUAGUGAAUCUGGACCGUGAGCAAACGCCAAACAUUGGAUGAAACAGACAAACAUUUUCUAGAUUCUCUGGAUGUGUUUUCAGGACCCACAUAAACUCUGGACACCAAAGCAAUACUGUACAGACCCUCCUGCGAAACAAGUUUGUUCUCUUCUCAGGAUAUGUUCAACCUGCCCCACCCUCCACCUGCAGGGUGCCCUGCUAGCGUCUGUUGUCCUCUAGGUAGAAAUGACCACUGUUGGUUUUGAACCCAGUUGACCUGAGAGCCAUUCUCUGCAAUUCGACGAAACUCCUUGUGAGAAAAAGACUGUAAUUAUUGUUGAAACCUGAAUAUGUUUGAACGUUUGAAGACACUGAUUCUUUUUUUGAAGAUGCUGUUUGUUGUAUAUUUGAUGUUUAGUUGAAGGAGCAGUCCACAGCAGGAGCCUGCUGAUUCAUCCCGUCAGGUCUGCUAAGCCGUCCCCAUGUGAUCAGAGCUUCCUCCGUGUUUAGGAUCCUACACAUGCUUAUCUCUCAGGGACACAGAACAUCUUGGCCUUCAAAUCCUUGAGAACCAGAAUUCACUCUCUGGAUGGUGGAUGCGGUCUCCCAUGUGUUCUGGCAGGUAGCGUGUGCCCCCUGGGGUCUGGAGCACAGGGACAGGUGCUGAGGAGAGCUCAGGGCUGACCCCAGACAGGGACUAGGAAGGGAGAAGAGCUGAAUUUUCCUCUUCAAUGUUGUUUCCUGCAGAUCCUGAACGCUGAGCCAGUUAUCCUAGCUUCUGACUAGUCUCCCUGUGGUCUCCUCCUGCUCUUGCUCCUCCUGUUCCUCCUUCAGGCCUCCCUCUUCCCCCUUCCUCCUCCUCAUCUUGAGACACUCAGCUACAGACAGGCCCCUCCCCCCACAUACAGGCUCCUCCCCCUGUAAACAGGCUCCUCCCCCUGCUCCUUCUGCCCCUCCUAUUGUUUAGGUUUGUAAUUUAUAUUUUUUUAUCCCCCUUCUGUAUUUAUUUUAUUUUGUGUCUUUGCCCAUUUCUACUGUAUAUGCUUGUGUGUGCAAUUUCUAUUACCCUUUUUUUUGGUCUUAGAUGUGUAUCUGACUGUGCGGUGUGUGCCUGGUGGUGUCUGGUAUUCCCUGAGGCUUUUGAUCUCCAGUGAUGGGCUUAACGGUUAAGACAUGAUCUAAAUCCCCCUCCGCAUGUCCUCUGUUCAGAGAGACUGCGCUAAACGUGCACAGCUGUGCAAACUACAGACCACAUCGAUUCUGCCGCGUCUCUCUACAGCCAGUUGUCUUUUCCCACCCAGGCCCUCGGCACAACCUCACGUCCCCUCGUGUGACAGCAGACUGACCCUAAUGACGUCAGACAAACAUCUUGUAAGCGUUCGCCCUGUUCCAGAACCCUGCCUUUCCCAACGAGGGCAUUUUAGAUACCUGCUUCCUUUCCCAACUAGGGCAUUUUUUGGUUUAUGGGUUAAACUCUUAUUUCUAUCAUUUCUUUGUAAUCAACAUGCACUGGAAAGUACUUUGUGUUCGUAGAUCUGUCGGGUCCCUGUUCUCCUGUGUUGUAAAGUCCCUGGGCUGUUCUCUCAGAAGACGGUGCUAGGCAGGCCCAGAUGAGCCUGGCUGCACAGUGGGGGCUGUCUGGGUCCUGCACUACGACCUUCUGCUUGAUUUAUUGGAAAGGGAAACACGCCACCUUGAUGCCCUGGGUUGGGGGUUCCCUGGCUGCACACAGAUUCACCUGUCAUUUAAUCAUGAUUGUGUUAGUCUACAGGAACCCCUGACUGGGAUUUGUAGUUUAUGGAAACCGUCAGUGUCUUGAAUUUUGUAGUCCACUUUAUAUAUACAUUUGAAGUUUUUUGAGGAAGGUUUAAAUUUUGAUGUUUAUUGUUUGACAUUUUUAAUUAAGGACAUUUCUUUCUCAUGGUCGUUCUGAACUUUUGAAAAUGUAUUUUCUUAUCAAAAGGGUCUUUUUAUAAGGACAGUUCAGGCUUUUAAAAUCAUUUUUAAUACCUGAUUUAUCAUUUCAAGUCCAAUGAGAUCAAGGUCUUCCUUCUAUAAAAGGAACAUUCAACAUUCCGUCUGUGUCUUGGUCCUGGUGUUAAACCACACCAAGCCAACACAAAUGAUUUUCUGUGAUUUUAAUUUGGUGGUAGAGUAUUCGUAACAAUCCCACAUUGCCCUUCCUUAAAGAUAAACAGAUGACCUGUACAUGUGCUACUAAAAGAUGCCUUUAACUGCUCAGUCUCAACCAAGUCUUGAUUAUCACACACUCUCUGACCACCAAGAAGAGACCCAGUGAACAUGUAGCAUUUUUGUAAACAUUGACUGUGUGUUUUUCGAGACUGUACUGUGCACUAAUUUUUUGUUUUACUUUUUGUUGAUAUAUGAAAAUAAGGACAAUGUGUUAUGUAGUGCAAUAUGCUGUACAUAGGAGCUUUGCUCUACAAAUCUUUUUCUGAAUUUCUUGUUUUAUUGGUACUUUUUUCAAUAAAAUGUUAUUGAAAGUG